UUGGUUUUUUUUUGUUUGGCUUCUCUCUCUGGAAACGUUUCCGAACGAGAGAGAUCAUCUCUACAUAGAUAUCGAUCGUGAGAAUUCAGUGGCCGACGAUAAGAAGAAAGGCGGCGGAUUCAAAAAGAAAACAACCCAAAGACGGAAGCUUUGAAGCAAUUACUUUUUGUUUAAUUUCAAUAUUUGGAAGAAUCAAAUCUUCUCAAGACUGAUUGAAUGAGAAACCCUCCUCCGUCUCUGCUCUCCCUCACCGUCAACGCCGCCGUGUUGAACCUUUCUCGCAUCAACGAUCUCUCCCAUCUACCUGAUCACAUCAUACUUGACCUCUUCGCGAGGACAUUGAAAGCUGGGAAAUUGAAUGAGAGAGUUCUGAGACUCUUUAUGGCAUCUGGAAACGAAGAAGUUCUUUCUAUUAUCGACGCCCUCAAAAUCAAAAUCAACGUUUCCCCUAUCCUUCCUACUCGAUGCCAUGAGAAGUUUAGAUUGAACGGGACUAGGCGUUAGGUGAGAAAGGUGAUGAAUGAGUUAUCACGAUGAGCGAGGUUGGAAACUAGGUCCUAUGUGUUCAAAAGGUCAGUUCCUAAUUGCAGUUUUUCGGAUAGUUUUAGGCAGAAACAACAAUAUGGACAGCUGCAGAGAUACAUUGCCACAUUGAAGUCUGUAUUUUUCUUCUCUUUGUUGUGUAAAUAUUAAACGAAACUGGUCAAAUUAUAUAUAAGCUUUGUCUUUUUUUUCUUUCUCUCUUCUUAUGAACUUCUAUGCAAUCAUGUAAGCUUUUUUGUUUGCGGCA